AUGGCAGCUUACAACAAGAAUUCAUCGUCCAACUUCGUUUCAAUUGCAAUCAUGGCUCUAGUUUUUGUAGCCUUAGCGAGUGAUUUUGCAAAUGCCAGCUCCAUUACUGUAUGGAGUGGACCUGGUUGUAGUAACAACGGGGAGAUUAUUAGGCAGUGUGGUUGUUCAGCCAUUAAUCUUCGAGGUGGUUAUAAUUUCAUAUACAACGGGCAAACUGCUGCGCUUUACAAUGAAUUUGGGUGCACAGGCGUAGCUCACACAAGGCUCAACGGUGACGCUGAAAUGUGCAGUGGAUUCGGGUGGAAGAGCAUCUUCAUUCAGUGCUAA